UAUUUUGUGUUCCACAGAUUUGUGAAUUUUGGCCAUGUUUUCAUUGUAACUCAAUCUUCGGACGUUCGUAACAUCCUGGAAUGUAUAAGCCCAUCGAAAGAGAUGAGAAUGCUGCCCUUGACCAUUCUAGUUCGCUUCGCACUCAAGGAGGCAGUUGGAAUUCUACCAGAAUUUUCCAUCUGAUCAUUAUUUUCGUGAGCUGUGCGUCUACUAGUAUUGCAAUCCUGUUCGCAAUAUUUUACAACGGAUCGAGUAAAAGCUUUCCUUCCAAAACGUCGAAUAAUGUCCAGAGUAAUGCAUCCGAUUCUGAUGUAUAUCUGGAAGGGAAGGAUUCGUCUGCCCGAAUGAUGGACAGUGUUGAUGAGGCUCUCAUGGCUCCUACGCAUAUGAACAAUACGUUGGCUGUCGAGGAUAAAUCCCUUUUCGUCGUAAUGCUUGGAGUGGGGACCGGAUUUGUGAUAUUGUUCGGCGUCUUCUUUUCUCUUGCGUUGUAUAGGAAGCAUCAGAAACAAAUGCGAGUUAUUCAUCUUGAGAGCAAACCAUAUCCACGGUAUCAAACACCCUCUUAUGCAAGGUCAUUGCCAAAUGUGAACCAGAUCAAUGGUCCGAGGGAUGAUACUCAGAUACCCUUCGGAUGCUUCGAUCAAGCUUACGGAGGAGUGGACGUUAGGCCAGACGUCGGGGGGCCCUGCCGACCUCGCGAAAAGAAAAACAGCGGAGUUUCCCCGGCGUCGUCGCGGCAUUCGUUGAUGCGUGCCGCCGGCCCCGGCGGAAGCGGCACUCUCAACUGGCCCUAUUCUCGGAAUUCCGAGUCCGCCGCCGCGUCGUCCGCCGGGAUCCCACUGUCCAACAUCGUGUCUGGCUCAUCAAUCAUGUCGACGAGCGCGGAAAAGGCGCCUUCGUUUCUUUCACCCCCGCCUCAGUUUGGCGACUUUUGGCGGCGCACUAACUCUGAUUCUGCCCUUCACCAAAGCGUCGUCGGACCGGACAACUCGCAUCCCGUCUUCAUCGCGCAUUGUGCCAUGAAUGCCUUCGUUGACGACGGGAUGAACAGGAGUCCGUUGCAGGACAAUACUAAUUCCUCCCCCACGUCUGUCUCCCCGUCUUUGCCGUCACCGCCCUGCCAACAAAAUCCCCCAGGAUAUGAAGUGAGUCCUGGAAGCAUAUCCAUAACCUGUCAUCCGCUGAGCCUGGAUGCCGACGCUGACGUGAAGCCGACGAUUCAUCAACUUCGUAGGGAAUCUCCUCGCUUGGUGUUGAGUGUUGGCUGCGGCGCCGACGAUCCAAUGAAGCUCGCGCCGGACUCGUCGACCUCACCGUCUGGUUCUUUGCCGGAUCUCAACGUUAUGCACAUUCCUCCGUUGUCGAUGGGCUCGGAAACGGCCGUAUACCGCGUUGCAUCUCGGUCUGAUGUUGCGAGUCGGAAGUUUAGUCAACCUACUGCUGGCAUUGAUGGUAGUUUUGAGGACCAGGGCGUGGAUUGCUCGUUGUUCGGAAUGGGCAAUACCUUUGAGCCCGACGGGACGUUAUCAAAUCAUGCUAAGUUUUUCAAGUACCGCGGACUUGCAGAUACAACGGUGGACCAGCCAACGGAUCGGAAAUUGAUCCUGUUGGGGGUCCCGCGGUUGUCUUCAAAGGAUGAUUGGGGCGCGGAUAGUUUUCCCGGUUGGGUCCAGCGGUCUGAAACGACAUCGAGUCCCAUUCCGAUCCCAGGCUCUGCAGCGGGGUGCAAUCAGAUACCGCUGGUGAGCAGCAGCGUGGCCCGGCAGGGCAGCAACAGCCCCGGCAGCUGCGGGAACGCCCAGUCUGCGCCGGCGAGUCCGUCGGAGGCGUCGCCGCAGCCCUGCUCUCAGGCCUUGUUCGUCAGCGAACUCAUGGGCCCGUUGCAGAAUGUGUGCGUCGACGCGUUUGCCAAGCCCGCGACUUCCCCGGAGCAAACGCAAAACGUGCUGCGGCGGUUACAGCUCAUUAACAUGAUCGUGACGAAUACGAACGGUUCGGUGGAGGUGUCAAUUGCGGAUGGAUUCAGUCCUUUCCUGCGUCAUAAUAUCGAUGUUACAAACAACGCUCAACAUCAUCAACCGUCUUCCAACCACGGAAUCGUUAUCACGCUAACUGCUCCAUCCGAUUCAUUGGAGCCUCUGAACGUUUCACCGACCAUCCCAUCUCACGUGACCGGACUGGAAGACGAGGCAGACCUGCCUCAGGACCUGUCGGACAUCUUCGGCCUGGACUACGGUUCGGAGGAUGCCAUUUGUGCGGAUCUGGUUCCCCUCGACGUGGACGGGUUGCAGUUGCUGAUGAACCCUGAGAACAACUUGACCGAUGCCGCCACGGAAGACCAUUUCCGAUGGGACCGCCACUGAGUAUCCGGAACGGGAUUUGUAGGUUCAACUUUUGUUUUUGUUUUUCUUUUGGUGGCAUAAAUGUAUUGAAGGGCAUUCUGCUGGGUACGCAGCAAGCAAUGCUGCACAUUCCUUCCUGCGCAACAGGAAAACGUUUGCUGUUCAUGAGUGGAGUCGCGAGUUUGGUACAAAAUUUUCCGCCUUGAUAAACGGAUGACAGAUCUUUCCGAGGGAUCAAUAGUAUCUGGAACACGCUGCUAGUUUUCCUAUUGAAAUCGAUGACAAUUUGGAAAGUUUUGGAUUUUGGUGUUGAGAAUUGAUGUCAGAAAGUUACCACUACUCCAACAGGAAUUUACAAUUGUGUCAUCAAGUUCAAAUUAAAUGUUACCAAUUUUAUAUUGUACUGAAUAUGCGCAAGAACGUUUAGAAAUUCGAAGAAAACCAUGAAAUGUUCAUCAACCUUGCUCAUGCCUCUUUUUUUUUGGUUAACAAGCUCGCAUGAGUUCAAAAAUUUUGAAAUUAAUUGACGCUUUUGUUCAAAGCAAUAAUCUUCUCAAGCGUUCAUUUUUGUUAGACACUCAUUAAAGUUUCUUGAGAAAACUUUUUGACGAAGAAACGCUUCUUCGUAAGUCAAUUUUGGGUGCGAAGUGCACAUCUUCAUGAUCUUCUCAUUCCCAAAAAAGGCAUGAAUUUGAAUGUAAAGCCGCUGUUGUGGAAACUGAAAAAGGGACACUCGGUGGCGAUUCUUUUGAGAAAUGUUGAAUGUGUAUGAUUUUCUAGUUGGCAAAAAUAGUUGAGCAGUUGUGAGCUUUCUUCGAGCUUCUAAACGUCGCUUACUUCCGUUUGCUCAGAUAUUUUAGCAUUUAUCGGCUGAACUCCAGAAUAUUAUUCCUUGACGAAAGAUGUGUUGCUGUGUUGCUUGGUGUGUAUCCAGAAAAUUACCAUUUUUACCUUGUCUUUUUUACCCCUUGAAUACCGUUUAUUCUUGGCUCGAAUAAUUACCGCUUAUAUGUGUGUCCGUGCACCCUCGAAGCUUGAGCCGACGGUUGGGCAUCGGGAAGAAGACUGACGAAGGCCAGUGUGAUGCGAGAGGCAUCAUGUUUUGUUUUGGACUGUUGGAUUAGUCUGGAAGAAUUCUAGUCAUUUCACCGCACUUUUAGUGCUCAUCGGUUUCUCUCUGCCCGGACGUCCAAGUUUGCUUGCUUUUGGUGAAUUACGCUCAUCAGUCUGAUUAUUCGACGUGGCUUGACUAGAAGGCAUGCGACUCAAAUAUUCUCAAUGUGUAUUUCUAUACCUACGAUGUCAUCGCCUGAUGCCUUGAGAUGUUCCCUGAGUGUUCUCAAGAAAGAGAGAAAUGCUUCGAAAUGUUGUCCGAUGAGUUUUCAUGUGGUUUUGGAAGCCCUUUUAUUUAAACCGCUCUGUCCAUUUACGUACAUCGAAAACCUGUGUUUGAAGAAAAGUGGCAAUUUUUUGCUUUCGAUUGAGAACCGAGAGGUUUUCUAAAUUUAUGCCACAAAAUCUUGCGCCACUUUUCAACGACAAAUCGUGUUGCGAAGUGAUCAUUGAAAAUUUUAGAAUUUUUGAAACCUUGAAAUGUUAUCAUUCCAUGUUGUGUGACAAGCUGCGAAUGGUUGCUUGCCGGGAAUGCUGGACAGUAUUGUCAUCAGAGAACUUGUUAUGGAAGAGUGGUCUGCGCAAAUGGAAAAUUUUAAUUAUGAAUGAAAAUGGCGGCAAUAAUUUUCAAAACCACAUGAAAUUCUAUCACGAGGCAGUUCAAAUUAUGCUCCACAUAGUGUAUGUAGGAGUUCGAAGAAAUUUUCGAUCCAUGUCCAAAAUUCCAUGGUGCUCAGAAAAAAAGUAUAAAAUUUUUCACUUUACGAUUCUUUGAAAGAUCAGAAAAUAGACCUUCGUGAUUGGAAACAUUACAUUUUUCAUCAAACUUGCUGAGUUGUGAACCACACAGCAGUAAAAUUUUGCUGUGUUUCGUUUGCUGUUGAAUAAAAUGAAUAAAUGUCAUUGUGAGUGCGAGGAAAUUUUUGGUUUCUGAUGAGUACAAUACCUUCAUGGAAUUGGAGGAUGUCUGUGUCCUGUCAUAUUGUUGCGAAUUAUGCAAGUACUGUAUGUUGAAUCUUUGAUCCUCAGACUGUUGAAAUAUUUUCUCCACGUAAGGGAUAAAAAUAGAACAUUCCCUCUGGGACCUUAAUGCUGGUAACUAUGAUUAAUUUCCAUGCAACCCAAGUAUUGAGUAGUCCAUAUUAAAGAUUUUAUUCCAGAAUUAAUGAGUCAGUUACGUUACACGAAUACCAGAAUUUAUUGCUUCAGGCUACGAAUUUAUGCGUGAUCGUAUCUGUUCGCUGUCAUGAAUUUUUCUGGACGUUUGGGUGGAAAGAGCCGGGUUUUCAUCUUGUAAAAAAAAAAAACCGCGUGAAGCUCUCUCGAUUCCUCUCCUCUUUCUGCUUGUGUCAAGCAAAUCUUAGCGUGAAAUGGGCCUGACUGUUGAUCUCGUUGAAUUUGAGUCAGGACGGUGAUGGGCGUGAGUGUGCUGGCGACCUUUUCAGAUCCCUGCUGUGGUUGUCGUUGAAAUGUGUUUUUUUUUUCGCUACAGGAAAUGUUUGUUUCUUUUGCUUUUUUGCUACAAAAUUUUGUGGGGGAUAACUGAAAAAUGGUGACGGCAGGAGAGGGGGAUAAAUUUGCACGCCUGGCAAGUUCCGUUCCCGGUUUCGUUCCGUUUUUUUUUAUUGUGCACCAUCGUUUCAUGCAUCCCCCUUCCUGACAAAAAAAAAAGAAAGAAAAGAUUGUCGACGGCCAGUGAAGGUGUUUUUUUUUCACGCGUUUGAAAUUGAAAUUGUUCCUCCUUGUUGGUUGGUUGGUUUGUUGGUGUAUUCGAUUUUGGAAUUAUAUUUAAGUGGAAGAAAAACGGGAAUGGAAAGCGAAAAACAAAUGGUGGUUUAAAAAAAUGAAGACCAGGGAGGAAAGAAACACGUUUUGAACUUUUGAACUUUUGCUGUUGAUGCGAAAGA